GUGCAGUAAUAUAAAUUGCGAGGGGCGUCAAUAAAAUCACUAGGUCAUUGCCCAAGCCCACAUAGUACAAGAUCUGCUAUUGACUCGGGUGCGCGCUGAGUGCAGAAGUUGAUUUAUCGAUCAAGUUGAUCCCUGUUCAGUUCAAGUCUUUUCAGAAAUGGAGAUUUGCGCCGUGUGCGGCGAUCACUCUACCGGCCGACAUUAUGGUGCGAAUACCUGCGAGGGUUGCAAAUUGUUCUUCAAAAGAAGUAUCAAGAAACGUUUGUAUUACACUUGUAGAGUAGCAGGAUGCUGUCCGGUAAACAAGCGGUACCGUAAUAGCUGUCAAUACUGCAGGAUGAGGAAAUGCCUUCGUGUGGGAAUGAAGAGAGAAGGUGAGAUAAUUAAAAACGACAUUUAUUUUCCUUUCAUGACUUUAUUGUCUUGCAUGGUUUGCCUCGCAGUAGGAAAAUAUGAUUUCUGAAUGGUGUUCAAAUUUGCUCACUGAACCUUAUUUUCAAGGUAACGACGGCUGACUAUAGCUUUUAUAUAAAUCAGUUACAUUGAGUUUUUUGGUGUGAAGAGAGAAAAAAAGGCACAUCUGCAGUUUCAGUUUUAUUUAGGCUUAUAUUUUUUAAUCAAAUCUGUUUUCCAAGGUUUAAGAGAAGUUGAAAGAGGGUUUAAGUUGGAACCAUUUAAUAAAAUUUAGCUGAAGUAUAACCUGGAAUGAAAAAUUUUCUUUAUCUUGCUGAAACUUUUUGUCGUCAAGACGCAAGUAACGGGCAUUUUUUUCGCAAAAUAUAUUAUAUCUUUUUUUAACUUAAUUAAGGAUUUGUUAAUAACAAAAUGAAAUGUGAGGUAAACAUAAGCUUUAAAACCAGACAUUUCUUUAUGAUUUUAGAAUGUUAUUUUCGUUUUUUAUUUUGCCUAAAAAUGUUAUAGUGGGCUUAUUACAGAAACAGGAUGCUGUGUAUCGUUCCGCAAGUUUAAUUUCAAAAAUAAAGCAUGGGCGUUCCUUUUUGACUCGUUGGAGAGAAAGGAAAAACAUAAUUUUGCAUGAAUGUUUUGUUUGCUUUUAAGCUGUACAACAAACAAGAGCGCAAGAUGUCGAAAAAGGAAGGAAAAGGGUCCGGCGGCAACAGAUGAAGGGUGAAAUUCGCCGAGAGACUGACUUCGUUUCGUUGUCUGAUUUUGUUUAUCAUCUGCAAGCGGUGGAACCUUAUCAAACGCCGCAAACGAAAAGCGAAGCAAGGUCGAAUCAGGAGAAAAACAUCCCUUACGACCUCGGUUCCAAUGUCGCUACAAAAUUACCGGUUCAAGAGAACUCAACAGAAAUCGCCGCGCGUCUCCUGUUUAUGUCGAUUCACUGGGCAAAGAACGUUCGCCACUUUGCAGAACUCUCUCAUUACGACCAAGUUAUGCUUUUGCAAGAAAACUGGUGCAAGAUAUUCGUGAUUAACCUAAUUCAGUGGGCCAUGCCAUUCGAGUUGGCGCCUAUAGUGGCUGAAGUCGUGGAAAAAACACCUCGGGAACACCUGGAUCGAGUUCUUCAUAACAUUGGGAAGUUGAAUGAAGCUGUUUUUAAACUUGUACAGCUGGAGUUAAACCGGGCUGAGUUUACUCUUCUGAAGGCUUUGGUGCUAUUUAACCCGGGUAAGUUGAGAAAAGAUUAUUUUUGUCCGUUUUUGUAUAAAACUUAAUGAGGAAAAGUACGGUUCGACUGCCACGCAUAAAACUGUCGUUUAAUUUUAUUGAGCUCGGUGCUAUUCCCAGACCUUUUGACCUAUUACUAUUAAAGUACUUUUCUUUUCUGACUUGUGUCUUUUUUUUCGACAUCAGUAUCUUCGUAAAUUUACUAACAAUUGCGUUCAAAACUGGCAAUAUUAUAAUACAAGAAUACUUAUCGCCUUCUUCAAAUUGUGAUAUGAUAUUCCAAAGUGAACGAGACGCGUUAAAGUGUCAAAACUUAUCUGAAGGGCUUUUUAGAUAUUCCAGAGCAACGCCUUCUAAAUCCUUUCACGAAUGUCAUUUUCAAGUUAAAGCACGUACCAAGGAAAUUUAAUCAAAAACUGCUUUAAUUUCAAAGGUGUCAUAAAAAUAUGGUGACAUUUGAUAAUGCCUCCAUAAUUGUAUUCAACGUUUGACAAAUUUAAACUCUUAACGCUAGUUCCCUGAAAAAAAUAGUGCAUCGCAGUUUUCCAAUUACAAAUUUUGGUUUCUUACAAAGACUGGCCCUUUUUUGGAUCAUAACAAUAUUCAGUGAUCACUGGUGUGAAAAUUAAACUGAACGUGAACGGCCAUCGUGAUAUUUUGAAAAUACAUUGCUCCAUAUUGCAUAAACAGGGCAUCCUAAUAACUGGGAAAUUUGUGAAAUUUGUGGGGGGCCAUAUUCUAUUAAUACCUUAAUCAAGAUUUCGCUCGUCGUUUGCGGAGCAUCAGCUAAACGUAAUUCAAAUUUUAACCUUAUUCUUUAUCUCUCUUUUAGGCAAGACCAUUGCCUUGAAUUUGCCGAUUAAAAAAUACAGUGUCAUUUGCAACGGAAAAACAAAUCCCUUUUUAAUUUAUUGAAAAAGAAAUUAUCGUUCCGGAAGGGUCUUUCGGCUCUUUAUAUACAUUCUAACUUUUGCCAUGGAAAUUAAUCAGUUCGAAUUCUCGCCUUUUGUACGUGUUCCUAAAAUGCGGAUUAAAAAGGAUUUUUUGAAAGGAGCAAAACACGACAGAGAAUAUACUGAUUUUAACUUUUUGCCGAGUUAAUCGUGCAUAUAUACGGCAAUUAACAAUGUCGUAUUUGACUUUGCCGCGAAAAAGGAACCCUUCCGGCAAAUGCUAGUUUAAAAUGAUGAAAUAAUCGAUUUACUGCGGAAAUAACAUGGAUGAAAAACGACAACUUUACCGACGAAGAAUAUGAUUAUAAAGGCCACGCAUUUCUCAGCCAGGUGUUAAGUCGGAAACUGUUUUUGUUCUUUUACUUGCAGUCAUAAAAAUAAUGAACUUGUUAUAAAUGUUCGCGUGUUUCAAGCGCUAUUCUAAAUAAAAUUGUUUGUAAACGAACAUUGAAAAGCUUCCUCAAAACAACGGCUUUUUUCAAUCGUUUAGAUUUACUACUUCAGGUGGGUUGAAUGAACCACCUCUUAGCUUUGACCUAACUGCUUGACUAGUAUUCUCUAAUACUGCGUGCAAUAUAAGUUAGCUUCAAUAUUAACAUUGAAAAAAUAUUAUUCUGAAAGCAGAAGUCUUCGUUGGUCUCUGCGAUAUCGCUGGAAUGGAUGACAUUUCCACUUCUGCCUUAGAUGGGAAGCAACGAAUUCUUUGAAGAAACUCAAAAAAAUGCGUGCGCUUAAGGGGGCGUUAUUAUCCGAUAACAUGAGAACAUGAACACGAACACAAGAACACGAAUGAACACGACCUUGUCUCCAGUGACUUUCCCUACUAAAAUAAGAGAAUUCGAAGAAAGUCGAUCAAUCACAUGGACUUUUUUUUCGCUCAUUGGUUCCAGUUUUUUUAAAUAAUUAAUAUAUUUUUCAAAAUAUGUCAGUUAACGCUGUAAUGGUUCAAACUUUUCUACCAGGCGUGAGUAGGAAUGAGAUCGAAGUUUUCGAUCCACAGGCGUGAAACUUGGCAGAUAUACAUUUUAGCAAAUAUUGGAACGUUGCUUUUGCUUUUUAGGGGUUUUUAAAUAGCGCGACGAAACAGCUUAAUCCAUAAAUAAAUUAACGGCAUCUGCAAGAGUCAGGGGAGCUAACAGUAGUAACUAACACAAAAGGUAAUAUAGCGCACUCGCCGCUUUUUUGGUAAACUUUGUAAAGGACAAACAUUAAGCAACAGUCAAGACAAGGUGUUUUUCAAUUUUCAUUUAUUAAGUACUAGAUAAAUAUUGUAUGCGACCAUUCUGCGGCAGCAAUUUCAGUUUCAAAACAGGAAAAUAUGCAAAAAAAAAAUAUCAUAUAUAUUUAUCAACGAUCUAAUGGCUUCACUGGCGGGAAUUCGUCUCUAAACUGAACCCUCGCCUGGACACAGAAUAAGAGCGUUUUCACAUGACGUCACGGCGGCCAUAUUGGUGUUCCAAAACAAUGAAACGGCGGCCAUGCUGGUGUACCAAGACAAUCCUGUGGGAGUUGACCUCUUUUCUUAUGCAAACACUUUCUUUUGUUCCAAUGAAUUUGCAUAGAUGCUGGCCACGUGAGUGAAAACGCUCUAUAGUUAUUACAGACCUUUUAAGAUUCUAAGAUAAGGACGACCUCGUGUACAAGAUUUUCUCAAAACUCAAACACUGCGCAUGCGUGAACCAGCGUCAUUUUGGCGAGAAAACCGGAUAGCCGUCGUCAUUCUACUACAUCUUUUUGCGAGCCUUUAAUGUUGUAUUGGCGGAAGCAAGUUAUCAAAUGUUAGAAGUUUUACCACUUUGCGAUCGGGAGAGGGCUUCAACCUCCUUUUGUCAAAAAUGGCCGUGUUAACUUUUCUGAUGAAAAAACUGAGUGUAAAGAAACCUUUCCGUGGUGUCUGGUUUUUGAGAAUAUGCGAAAAAAACUUUACUUCAAUCUCGUCUUCGUAGUACUAAGUCCUCCGGCCGGAAUCCGCAAAUUAAAGUUCUCUAUCAGAACGAAAAACUAAAAGUUUCUGACUAGUCGUUUCAAACCGUGAAAACUUGGACGUCAUCAUUAAACUUUGCUAUCUCAUAUUUUGACAGAUAUUGACCAGCUCUCUGAUGCCGUCCAGAUCCAAGCAGUUCAAAACAAGACACGCAAUGCUUUGGAAGAAUAUCUUCGCCUUCAUCGUCCGCAGGCACCUAGUCGCUUUGGACAGCUUCUCAUAAAGCUUACGUCUUUAGGCGCCGUAGAUCCUAAGAUUCUGGAACAUGUGUUCUUUAAUAAGCUCAUCGGUGGAACAUCAAUUAAUAGCCUUGUGGAUGACAUACUCAGAGCCAACUCUCUUGGUUGGCACGGUAACGUUAAAGCUUCAACCACGUAAGUCAAGUGUCAACUGGGCCAGAAGUCAGCCAAGUCUCAUUCGCAUUUCAUCUGUCCAGUGUUUGAGACUGGCAAGAUAGACUAGCUCAAGAUUUGAGGCUAAAAGAAAAUUAUAUAUUAGUUGUAUUUGAAAGUAAUGUAACACAGCCAUCGCUGUCCAAGGAAACGGAGAGAGAGGUACAGAGGACAAUAUCUCGUUGAAAACAAGUCGUUUCCCUA